CCUACCAUCAUUCCCUCCUCUCCUCCGUCCUCUCCUCCUUCCCUCUCGUUUUCCACCUCUCCCCUCUAGUCGCCGUUGCCCUGAGGAACCAGAAGGUCACCAUAAGCGGAGGUAAUGGCCAAGUCACCGAGGUCGCCGAGGCUGUCUCCAUACCGGCUCUCAGUCACCUGACGCUGUGCUUCGAGCUGGAACGCAGCGCACAGAAGCAGAAGGAGUGGAUCUUCACCUACACCGACAGCAGCAGCAACGUGGCCCUGAGUCUGGGCGCCGAUCAGAGCGGCGUGCAGAUGAUCGUGGACGGAGUGGUCUGUCCCAUUGACUCCAUCCUGCCCGCCGCCGAGUUCACCUUCUACAGGAAGGCCUUCUGCGUGCUCUGGACGUCGUCGAACGGCCGGGUCGGAGUCUACUACAACGGGAACUACUGGGCCAAGACGUGCUCCAGCUCCAGCGGACACAGCGUGCCGGGCGGGGGAAACUUUCACUUAGGAGGUCAGCACAGCUUCAGCGGGAACAUCUAUAACCUCCGGCUGUGGGAUCACGCCAUGUCGGUGCAGCAGCUGAACGCGCUGACCUGCGACAUCGUGGGAAACGUGGUCGACUGGGACAACAGCCACUGGACCAUCCCGUCCACCCUCGCCCAGACGGACACCUCGCUCAGCUGCAGUGUCUCCCCGCCCAGCGACACACCCCUCACCACCAGCUGUGACUCCCCGGGACUGGGCUGCCCAGCUUCCUCUCCCGCCACUUCAUCCACUGACUCCACUAACACCAUCCAUGCUACUAAUGCCAACAGCAACGUUCUUCCUCCCAUCACUCCGUCUUCAUCCACCAUCCCUACCACUAGCAUGCCACUAACCCCAACCAUGAGUCCCACCACCGCCACCAGCAGCAGCAGCAGCACAGCCAGCUCCUUCUCUUCCUCCUCUGUUAUGCCUGCCACUACCAUCGCCAUCACCACCAGUGCUGCUACGCCUUCAUCCUCUGCCACUAAUGUUGCUUCAGCCAGCAGUACACCACAUGCCCAACAGACAACCAGCAGCACGCCAACUGUUUCCUCUGCUACCACUAACCUCCCAGCUACUAACCCUACAACCCAUGUGCCAGGAACUUCUCCUCCGCUGCUGUUAGUUGCUACUAACCAACCAACCACUAACAUAGCUGUAACUGCUGCUUCCUCUCGGGAGGUGUUGUUCUACAGGAUCUCCUUCGUGGUGGAUGACGGGGACUCUGAGCUGACGCGGGCUGAUGUGGAUCGGGCCGUGGCUCUCUGGCUCAAUCAAACAUUUCUGAACUGGACCCACGCUGUCUACAUCAACUCCAGCAGUGUGCAGCCGGCCGUGCAGAGCGGAGGGAACCCGACCAGCUAUGCGUGUCAGGCGCUGCUGGUUUAUUAUUACAUCAGCAAUCAGAGCCUGGGAGAAGCUGCUGUGUCUGCCAGGAUGUCCGGAUCUGAGGGGCUGAUGGGAGCCGGUCUGCAGGUCCAGCCCGGGUCUACUGAUGUCAGAUCAGUCGAAAACUGUCCGGAGGAGAACCCGCUGCACUACCGCUGGCCUGAGAGCAGACCCUCCAUCACUCAGUUCCUGCCCUGUUUCCCCAACAAGGACCAGAGCACCUCCAGGACCUG